UCCUCAUCUUAUCUAUUGAGUACCAAUAUACCAAAACUCAAACCACCCAUCAUCUACGUCCACAACCAUGUCCACCAAAACCCAGCAAAACAACCAAGCCAUCUACUUCCGCAGCCUUCACAACCCUAACAACCCGCUCGUCCUAACCAAUAUCCACGACGCAGCAACAGCCUCUCUCAUCGCCAAUCACCCCUCCACCAAAGCCAUCGCAACAGGAAGCUACGCAGUCGCCGCAUCUCAAGGCAUCCCCGAUGACGACCUAUCUCUUCCGCAAAACCUAGCGACAAUCCGCUCCAUCGCCUCUGUACUCAAGCGCAACGAACUGCCCUUCCACGAAGACCAAACGGAUACAUCUCUCAGAAUCCCUCUAACGGUCGAUAUCCAAGACGGCUAUGACGAUGUCGCUCAUACUAUCAAAGAGAUAAUCAAACUUGGCGUCGUAGGCUGCAAUCUUGAAGAUCUUGACACCAAGACAGGCCAGAUCCGCUCUCUUCCGGACGCCGUGCAGCGGAUUCAAACUGCGGUGCGGGCUGCUAAUGAGUCAGGCGUUCCUGGCUUUGUGGUUAAUGCGAGGACAGAUGUCCUUGGGUCUCUGGAAAACGGGACUAUUGAAGAUGCUAUUGAGCGGGGCAAGGCGUACUUGAAUGCUGAGGCUUGCACGGUGUUUGUUUGGGGUGGUGCGGGGGGUAGGGGUGUAUCCAGGGGCGAAGUUGAGAGAUUGGUAGAGGCGUUUGAUGGCAGAUUGAACGUGAAGGUUAACUUGAGGGAGGGGUUUCUGACAGUGGGUGAAUUGAGAAAGAUGGGCAUGGCGAGGAUGAGUCUUGGGCCGGAGCUGUAUCGGCAUGCGAUGAAAGCGUUUCAGGAAAGGGCUGAUGCGGUUUUGAGAGAUUGUAUGUAGCUCUAAAGAUAGAAGGGUUUCAACAUGAGUUUGUCUCAAACCUUGAACCACCCUACUAAGCUUUUCAACAUUACUUCGACUACAAGAACAAAUCAAAACAAA